GAGAAACACACGGGUCGGCGUGGUUACUGGUUAGGGAAGAAAGAAAGAAAAAAAUCGUGUUCAUCUCCAUCUUCUUCUUCCCUCCUCUUUCUCUUUCUGACAUCUCAGUUCUGCAAAAUUCCUUUUUUUCAAACUUUAAUUCCUUUCCACAUUAAAUUAUUUAUUCUUAUUAAAUUGACCCUGAGUUCCCCAUUUUACCCCCACCUUCCCCAUUCUUCACCUUCUGUUUCAUUCAUUCAUUCAUUGAUUCAAUCUCUCUUACCAUAAAAAGGGUUCUGAGUUUUUCACAUCUGUGUCUCUCUGCAACCAACCGACAAUACAGACUCUGUUCUCAUCACACAUACAUGCCCCUUUUUUAAGGAAUUUUGGUUCCAGGAAGAAUUAAAGAUGCCGGGGAUUGUUACAAAUGGGGUUUGUGAUGGGGCAGUGAAUGAGAUGAAUGGUAACCAUUCACCCUCAAAGGAAACCUUAGCUCCAGUCAAGUCCCCUAGGGGUUCCCUGAGUCCACAGAGAGGCCAGAAUGGAGGACCUAAUUUCCCAGUUGAUGGGGUGAUUGAGCCGUCGAUUGAGCAGCUCUAUGAAAAUGUGUGUGACAUGCAGAGUUCUGAUCAGUCACCCUCAAGGAAAAGUUUUGGAUCUGAUGGUGAUGAGUCUAGGAUUGAUUCGGAGUUGCGCCAGCUAGUUGGAGGACGGAUGAGGGAGGUGGAGAUAAUGGAAGAGGAAGUGGAAGUCGAGGUGGAAAAAGAGCGGGGAGGGAGUUCUAGUGGUGAAAUUUCUUCUGGAGUGGGUGGUUUAUCAUCCAAUGAAAAGAAGUUGGAUAAGGUGCAUGAGAUUCAAUCUGCAACUACUAGUUCUGUUUCCACAGAAAAAUCUGUCAAAGCAUUGAACUCACAGUUGGAUGCUUCACCUAAAUCAAAACCCAAAGGAAAAAGUCCUCCUGCAAAAGCUCCUUUGGAAAGAAAGAAUGAUAAGCCUCUAUUGAGAAAACAAACUAAAGGAGUUGCUAGCGGUGUGAAGAGUUUGAAGAGUUCUCCUUUGGGAAAGUCAGUGUCGCUGAAUCGAGUUGAGAAUUCAGCCGAAUCAGCCUUAGAUAAACCAGAGAGGGCACCAAUAUUGCUAAAGCAAGCAAGAGAUCUGAUUUCAUCAGGAGAUAAUCCACAGAAAGCUCUUGAAUUAGCUCUUCAGGCAAUGAAUCUUUUGGAGAAGCUUGGUAAUGGAAAACCAAGUUUGGAGCUGGUUAUGUGUUUACAUGUUACUGCAGCAAUCUAUUGCAAUUUGGGUCAAUACAACGAGGCAAUUCCAAUUCUCGAGCGCUCGAUUGAGAUUCCUGUUAUUGGGGAAAGUCAGCAGCAUGCCCUUGCAAAAUUUGCCGGUCACAUGCAACUGGGAGACACCUAUGCUAUGCUGGGCCAGCUUGAGAAUUCAAUUAUGUGCUACAGUUCUGGUUUUGAAGUCCAGAGGCAGGUUUUGGGAGAAACAGACCCAAGAGUCGGCGAAACUUGUCGAUACGUGGCUGAGGCUAAUGUUCAAGCUUUGCAAUUCGAUGAAGCAGAGAGGCUCUGUCAGAUGGCUCUUGACAUUCAUAAAGCAAAUAGUUCAGCCCCUUCACUUGAAGAGGCUGCUGAUAGGAGGCUCAUGGGCCUCAUAUUGGAUACAAAGGGAAAUCACGAAGCGGCUCUCGAGCAUCUUGUUUUAGCCAGCAUGGCAAUGGUAGCAAAUGGCCAAGAAGUGGAAGUGGCUUCUGUUGACUGCAGCAUUGGAGACACAUACUUAUCCAUGUCCCGAUAUGAUGAGGCCGUCUUCGCGUAUGAGAAAGCGCUAACAGUUUUCAAGACUGGAAAAGGAGAGAAUCAUCCUGCUGUCGGAUCAGUCUUCGUACGUUUGGCUGACUUGCAUAACAGGACAGGGAAGAUAAAGGAGUCGAAAUCAUAUUGCGAUAGUGCACUUCGAAUAUACGAGAAUCCAAUGCCUGGAGUUAAUCCAGAGGAGAUUGCUAGUGGUCUUACGAAUGUUUCGGCCAUCUAUGAAUCAAUGAAUGAGCUUGAAAAGGCACUCAAGUUACUUCAGAAAGCACUGCUGAUAUAUAAUGACAGCCCUGGACAGCAAAGCUCAAUAGCAGGGAUUGAAGCUCAGAUGGGGGUCAUGUACUACAUGCUGGGGAACUAUACUGAAUCUUACAACACAUUGAAGAAUGCUAUUACGAAGCUUCGUGCGAUCGGAGAGAAGAAAUCGUCAUUCAUUGGAAUUGCUCUUAAUCAAAUGGGACUUGCCUGUGUACAGCUUUAUGCCUUUGGUGAGGCUACGGAAUUGUUUGAAGAAGCAAAGAGUAUUUUGGAACAUGAGUAUGGACCUUAUCACCCUGAAACGCUUGGGGUUUAUAGUAAUCUUGCUGGCACAUAUGAUGCAAUUGGCAGGCUGGAUGAGGCAAUUCAAAUUCUGGAGUAUGUUGUUAGUGUGAGGGAGGAAAAGCUUGGAACAGCAAAUCCUGAUGUUGAUGAUGAGAAGAGAAGGUUGAGUGAGUUGUUGAAAGAAGCAGGUAGAGUUCGGAGCAGAAAAGUCAUGUCACUUGAGAACCUUCUUGAUGCCAAUGCUCGCAUUCCAAACAUCAACCUUGUCAUCAAGGCCUGAUAAGGAUGUCAAAUUUAUGGGGGGAAAUUCAAUGAUUGAAGAGCGUUGUGAUUUAUGCUAAAAUGUAAUUUUAAAACUAUACUAUUGUAUAAUAUGAUAUGAUGUAAGUCAUUAUAUGGUGUACAGAUACACCCUUUGUUUGUGUAUACAUUUUUUUUCCAAGGUUGACAAAUACUUAUAUGUUGUUUUUUAAAUUUGAACAUUGAUGAUGAUUGAAAUUGAAAUUGAAAUUGAAAUGAAUGACAAGCUUUCUUACGUUUUCUCA